UUGGGGGCAUUGGCAAGAGAGAGGGCCAGCUGGUCCUCGCUAGUUGUCAGGGUCUUCAGAAAGGUCUUGUUUACAUUUUUUCCGUCCUACCAAGAUGUGUUUGUAAACACCGGCUAGGGGCCGAGAUUCCAAUGUCCAACAGUAACUAUGCUUUGCAUCAUCAGGGAAUAAUUAGAUCUCUCUGUCUUUGCCUCACCAAUCCCAGCCCUCUCCAGAGAAAACGCCUGUUCCAUCGCUCUGCCCACUUCAUAGCCCGAUCCAAGUCAAGGGGCGUCAGCGAUGCGCUAUUUUCGUGUUUCUGGAUCGAAUGCUCGCCUCAAACCGCACCUCCUAUCAUGCUCCUUACUUCGUACUCGGUAGAUGUGACAAAGCCUGCAUGUUUUGCAUAUCCUUUUCGCAAAUGUAGUGUAAUAUUGCCCUCAAUAAAGAGGAGGUCGCGGCCACCAGCUCGAUCGAUAGGAGGCCGAGAAAGAGGCCCAGGAAGAUCCCAUGGCCAGAAUUGCCGUUUGCCGUUAUUCCAUACGCCGGCUGCCAAUCUGGGGCCGGAACGUUUCUGGAGCCGGCUUUCCAAUGCUGGCCCAGGACGGGGUUCUUGCAUAUAUGACAGAAGUUGAAAUAUGACAAGAAGGCUGCGGAUUCUCGGUCUAGGUGCAUUGCAGCUCAAGCCUUAAGAUCCGGGACGCAAAGGCAAAAGA